AUUGUGGACUGAACAAUUAUCACUCCCCAAUAAGUCGAAAUACAUCAGACCUUCUUGUUAGACUAACGAUGUCUCAAUCAGUAUUCUUUAGCUAUGCGUGGCUGGGUGUUGAUCUUCUUUUCCUUUCAACUCCUCCACUUGGUUGUACCUCAAGUGGAGUCCAAUCAUACGAAACUCAAUCAUGCAGUGGAUCGGGUAAUUUCGCGGCGGAAGCGCUUUGUUCUUUUUCCUCCGGGAUCCAAUUUGAAGUUUACAGGACAACUCAGCAAGGGUCUCAUCUCGGCCUAUCCUCGCGGUGUGUCCAUGAAUAUCGAGCAGGCCUGCUACUACCCAGUGCCAUCCAAACGAGAGGACGUCUAUCCCAAGCGAUAUCGCCAGAGGACGACUACCACUGAGAAGCCAAAGACCACUACAGAACCAACCUAUGUUUGGAUACCAGGAACCAAUUGGCGAUUCAAGGCCACUCCAGUCAAGAAACCCAAUCCAAUAAGACUGCACCAUCGCAUAGAUGAGAGACCCCACAUAUCCUCCUACUCUGAUCCUGCCAAGUGGGCCCAUUGGUCCAAAUACGGGCAACGUUAUGAAAACUGGUCGCCGGCGAAUCAAAACUAUCAGAAAUACAGCCAACCUGGACAAUGGAGCAAAUGGACAACGAAGUCCCCCCAGUGGGCAAAGUAUCCUAGUUAUCCGAAACGUUGGCAUAGAUCGGCGGAUGGUGAGUACUUCGAUCCUGAGGUUGAGCCCUAUGCGGAUGUGAGGUCUUCGAAUUCACUUAGCUUUGAAGAACCUUUCGAUCCCGACUUGACUCCUCAUCAUCCGCCUCACUAUCCGGAACUUGGGCAUGUGGACGACUGGCGGCAUUACAACGGACACCGAGACCGUCGCCAGCUAUUCGAGCACUUCGAAGGCUUCAGUAAUAUUUUGGGCAUCGAUGGCAAGGCCUGUGUUUUGAGAGCCAUUUGUGACAGCAAGCGGUUGCUUUUGCCGAAAGGAUAUUCGAUGCUUCAGGAUAUUGUGAGGCUAGUUUUUACAUUUCCCACCAUAACCGGCGUGGAGGAUGACUACUCCCGUAUCAUGAAAAUGAAUGCAGACGAUUGCGACCGCCACUUUCGCGAUUCUUGUAAGCUUAAUAUUUUAGCAUGGCUGCUGGGAGGCAAAUGGAAUUGA